ACCACUUCCACGUGCGAACGGGAAGAGCAGUUCUCACAAAUAUUCAUCUUCGCUAAUUCUAUGAUAUAAUAACUGUUGACAGUUUUGUUCUUUCCGUCAAGUGGAACUACGUUACAUUUUUAAUAAGCAUGUCUUGUUAAGAUUUUCCUCAUUCUAUCGGCAGGUUCGUCUGUGUUAGCUAAGCACAGAUGUCUGGAUAAAAACAACACGCUCAUUGACAAGCUAAAUAAAAGUAAGACUGAAAAGGACAAAAACAAAACAUAAUGCCUAAAUCGGCAAAGAGUCUGACUAAAAUGGAAAAUCAGAGUUCAGAUGAUGAAGAGGACGUUUUAGAGAUGGAGAGAAACUUUGCUUUACUUAGUAAAAGGAGCACAAUGCAAACUUCAGCAGAGGAUGAAGAGGAAAUGAGAGAUGAAGAUGCAUCUGCAGAGGAAGACGAAGCUGAACCUGAAGAGGAUGGAGACAAUGGUGUGGAAGAUGAAGAUGAAGAUGAGUCAGGGAGUGAUGAAGAUGAAGCAGAUAGUAACCCUGAAGAUGAAGGAGUCAGCAAUGACCCAUCACACACGGAGGGAAACCUUAAAAAAGAAUUUUCAACCAUGUCCUUUGCGGAAAUCAUGAAGCUACAGAAAAAAGUUGGAACAAAAGCGUACAAUAAAAUCGCUUAUGGUGCCACAAAGCCUCAGAAGAAAAACGAGCCCAUGAAAAGAUUAAAUAAGCACAAACCUCAAGAGAUUUCUGCAAAGAAACAUGUGCCUUUCCUCCGAAAAGUGGUUCCCGUCAAGAAAAGGAUUUCAAGGGACCCUCGCUUUGAUGACCUCUCAGGGGAAUACAAGCCGCAAAUUUUUUGUCAGACGUACAAAUUCAUCAAUGACAUCCGAGAAAAUGAAAAAAAGAUAGUGAAGAAGAAACUCAAGAAAGCCAAAUCAGACUCUAAAAAGGAAGAACUGAAAGCCUUGCUUAAAAGAAUGGAAAACCAGCAGAGGGCCCGACAGCGGCAAGAGCAGGAAAGAGAAAAGGAACUUGAGUUCAAGCGGAAACAUAGAGAGCUGGUUGGCCAGGGACACAAACCUUUCUACUUAAAGAAAUCUGACAAGAAGAAGCUGGAAUUAGCUGAGAAGUACAGCGAGCUAAAAAAGAGCGGGAAACUGGAGAACUUCUUGAGUAAGAAGAGGAAGCGCAACGCCACCAAAGAUCGCAAAAAGUUGCCUAAUCAGCACGAGAAACGCUAAAUAUGGACCAAUCAUGGCUCAUCUGUGGCACCUUGAGUUGAUUAUUUGUCUGAAUGUGACAUAAUGCAGAAAGUAAAUCCUGCUGGACUAUGAUGUUAAAAGCGGCCUUGGGAUGAUUUGACAAAUAUAUAUUAUUUGACACAUACCUUUGCACAGAUAUGGAUUAAGAUGUGUUUUGCUAACAGGUUUGACAUUUAAGAUGUUUAUCUUCAAUAUCCAUUAUCUUUUGUUGUUUAAUUGUUUUGAACAUUUUCUUGAAAUAAAAUUAUCUUAUUUUACCA